UAUUUUAUUUUAUUACCAACCAAAUUUGGUGAAUGAGUAAUGCUUAUUGUUUCCGUAAACAUAUUACACUCUCAUAUGUCAAUUUGACGUGUAAUAAUGUUGACUUCAUGCUAAAAUACGAAAAAAAACAUCGACUAUCAAUAUCACAUUUUUUUUUUUUUAUAUCGAUAUAACAUAAUGUAAUACAAAUUAGUUUAAAAAUUGUGAAAUAUUAAAUUAACAAUUAUUAUAUAUAUUCAACGGCUUUUUGAAAUUAUUUCGUACAAAAAAAUGUAGAGAUGGUUAUGUUAUAACACACUUGGAAAAUGUGAAUAAUAAAAACUACGCUAACAAAUUAAAUGAAUUAUAAAUGUCAUAUACUGAACGAACAAUAGUAAAACGUAUAAACGAAAGUACAGUGGAUAAAGAUUCCUAAAAUAAAAGCGUGAAAAAUGAAUGCGGAGGCCAUAUUGUGAUCAAUUACAAGCGGGCUUUUAGAAAAUGAUUAGAUACUUUACAAACAUAAAUAUGAAUCGAUUAGGAAUGCAUGAUGCUUUGAAGCAAAUAGCUUUCUUAGAAGGUAAAUGGAGUACAGGCAAAGAUAAUUAUGGAUCAGGAAAAUUUCCAACAAUAAAACCAUUUACCUUUUGUGAAGAAAUCACUUUUACAUCUAUCGGCCAACCAAUGUUCAACUAUGUUGCACAGAGUUGGGAUUCUGCAUCAAAGAAACCAUUGCAUCGUGAGGUUGGUUUCAUGAAAGUUAUACCAGGAACAAAUAAAGUAUCUUUACUCUUAGCCCACAAUUUUGGAUUGACUACAAUCGAGGAAGGUACAAUUGAAAAUAAUAUUAUUAAGUUAAAAAGCACCGGAAUUAUAAGACAAAGUGAAGGAAUGAAAUUACCUAACGUAAUCGAGACAUGUAGAGAAUUCGAAAUUAAUGGAAAUUCACUUAAGCAAAUAUUUUAUAUGGCUACCUCGACUGUACCAGAGUUAACAGAACACUUAUGUACAACAUAUACCAAAAUUUCAAAAGAAUCAGAUGAAUAAAAAGAAAUGUAUUAUUCUAAACUUUACAAAUAAAUAGUGGUAAGAAUAAUUAGUAUUGGAACUUUUAAAAUUACGUCGAACAAUUAUGAUAAAAUAUAUUAAUGUUUAUUCAAUUGACAAUGGAGGUUAUUUUGGAUACUUGCUAUGAAACAAUAUUAUAUUAUACAUAACUAAAAGCAUUUGUAUCUGACAAACUAAAUAAUUGUCAAGUCCAUGUUUAUUAAAAAAUUUGAAAUUUUGAGUAAUAAAAUAUAGAUAUAAAUUCUUUAA